CAAACUUUUGCAUGGUUUAUUCUGAUGAUCAGCUACUGAUCUUGACUAAAUCUCACUUGACCAAGCUAGAGAGUAGAGAAUCUCACUUGACUAAUCAUCUUGGUGAAUUUUCCACAGUCUAGCAAAACGAAGAGAAGUGGAAAUAUAUCUUGGAAUUUGUUCUGAAGCAUGUAAACCAAAAGGCACUCUACUUUAGAGAGUUCCACGACAUUAAUCUAACAGUAAAAAACUAGUCUUGAAGUUCGAGCCCAACGCACACCUUGCACAAAAGUAUUAAAAUCGAUCUUUUCUGGAGUUCGGCAGCUUGUGAGAUUGAAAGCUUGCAAGUCUCGUGUCGACCGCUAGUUUGGUUUCUUUCUUUUCCCUUCUUCGCUCUCCCUCUUCAAUCCUUCUUCUCAAAGGUGCCUCCUUUUUGAUGCUCGGGGAGGAGUGGAUGGGGCCAAGAGCGGGGCAGGCGAUGUGGAGCCGUGGGCGCGUGCUUACUGGACGGAAAUAGAUUGAAUCAGGCGGAUUCGUCGCAUAAGGGUCGAAGAAGGCGGAAGAAAAGAAGAAACAUAAGGCUCAUUUUUCACACGAAGGCAUCCCAAGUUGUUUUUUUAUCUUUUGUGAAUUUUGCCCUUUAUCGCGUCUCUUUCGCCGAGGAAUUUGACUGGAUUUUGUUGGAUUCAGUUGAUUUGUCUGGUCUUGUUUGAAAGCUAUCGUUUUGCUGAAAAUGUUAGAUUUCUUCGCAGAAAGAUGAGGGUUUUGGUGCCGUAACUGACUGAGGCUUCAAGUUUACAGAUUGCAAUCUUGGGCAAUUAUCUCGACCGCUGUGGUAGAGAAAGCGAUUUGGGACGCGUAAAUGUGAACGUUGUAAUUGGGAAAUUGCUGCCGUCUUUCACGAGAAUUCAGUAAAAGUGGAGAUGGAUUCGGGCUGUCCUAAUUUAUUGGACCACUUGUGGACUUGUACAGUUCAACUCUGGUUGUGAGAAUACCACUCACAUGUUUGGUAUGCUUAGACUCGUGACUGCAAGCUUUUGUAAGAUUAUCUGUUUGAGAUCAAAUUAAGGGAGGUGCAGUUGUGAAACCUCAUUUUCCUGAUUGCUCGUUCAGCUCACUGAUCGGAUUCGUUGCUAAUAGAAAGUUAAGUUUGACAUAGAACAGCCUUCUUCAUCUUUGAAGAAAUCAUCUCCAUGAGUUUUUUUUUAGGUGAGAAAACUCCCUGGAGACAAGUUCUAGCUCGGUCUGCUCGUCGAUGAGAUUGCAUCUACAAGUUGCAGAAUUCAGGCUCCGGAACUAUGAAGGAAAAUGAGGAUUUACUAUAAUUGAAGUGGAGAAGGUGACUAAAUGCUUGUAUUUUUUUUUCUUGGUUCUCUGAGGCCUCACUUCCAUCAGCACCAGCUCUUUAGUCUUAUAAUUUGAUUGCUAAGAUGCCAGAGACUUCGACGUUCAGACGAGGUUUUGCUCUGAUGAUUCUCAAGUUUCUAGUGUUACUGGUUUUCUUGUUCACUGUUAUUACUGAAGGAAUAAAUGUAGAAGGACAAUAUCUGUUGGAACUAAAAAGCAAGAUUGGGGAUUCGCUAAACCACCUUGAUAGUUGGGACCCUAGUGAUCUUACUUCUUGUGGCUGGAAGGGUGUGAAUUGCAGUUCCGACGACAACCAGGUAGUUCUCGGCCUUGAUCUCAACUCCAUGAAUCUAUCAGGAACCAUCUCACCCAGCAUCGGUGGACUCGUUCACCUAACUUACCUUAAUGUUUCAUUCAACGAGUUGUCAGGAGCAAUCCCCAGGGAAAUCAGUAAUUGCACCAAAUUAGAGGUUUUGUCGCUGAAUAAUAAUAAUUUUGAAGGCGAAAUCCCUCCGGAGAUAGGUGCCCUUUCCUCAUUGUUGAAAUGCAAUUUGUGUAAUAACAAGCUCCAUGGCUCUCUGCCCGACUCAAUCGGAGACCUUUCAUCACUUGUUGAGCUUGUAGCCUACAGCAACAACCUUACAGGUCAGUUGCCACGUUCCAUGAGCAAGCUCAAGGACCUAACCAUAUUUCGAGCAGGGCAAAAUCUGAUAUCGGGAAGCAUUCCGGCUGAGAUAGGUGAAUGCCAGAACUUGAAAGUCCUUGGACUUGCCCAGAACCAGCUUGGAGGUGAGAUUCCCAAAGAGCUUGGGAGGUUGAGGAACUUGACCGAUCUGAUUCUUUGGGACAAUGAACUUUCUGGGAUCAUCCCUAAGGAGAUUGGAAACUGCAGUAGCCUUGUGAUACUUGCACUUUACCAGAAUAAUCUAGCGGGCGGUAUACCCUCAGAGAUCGGAAACCUUAAGAAUUUGGAGUACCUGUAUUUGUACAGGAAUUCAUUAAACAGGACAAUUCCGAAAACGAUUGGGGAUCUCACACAGGCAAAAGAAAUAGAUUUCUCAGAGAAUGCUUUGACAGGAGAAAUACCAUCUGAAUUUAGUAAACUUAAGAGUUUGCAGUUGCUUUACUUGUUUCAGAAUAUGCUUACUGGUAGAAUUCCACCUGAACUGAGUGGGCUAAAGAAUUUAAAGAAGCUUGAUCUCUCCAUCAACUCUCUCACUGGUUGGAUUCCUCUCAGGUUGCAGUAUCUUCCUGAUCUGAUCCAAUUGCAACUCUUUGAUAAUAGGCUUUCGGGCAUGAUUCCUCAGCAGCUUGGCUUAUACAGCCCACUUUGGGUGGUUGAUUUUUCAGAUAACAACCUCACCGGGCAGAUACCGAGGCAUCUUUGCAGACACUCAAAUCUUAUGUUGUUGAACUUUCGUUCGAACUUGUUGUCUGGGAACAUUCCUAGUGGAGUCACUAACUGUAAAUCCUUGGUGCAGCUUCGUCUUGGUAAUAACAGACUCACAGGAAGCUUUCCAUCUGAUUUAUGCAGUCUGGCUAAUCUUACUACCAUCGAGUUAGAUGAGAACAGAUUCAGUGGCCCCAUUCCAUCAGAGAUAGGGCGAUGCAAAGCUUUGCAGUGGCUCAACCUUCCUAACAACUUCUUCUCGCAUGACUUGCCGGGGGAGAUAGGCAACAUGUCACAGUUGGUAGUGUUCAACAUUUCAUCCAAUCUGAUUGGAGGAAGCAUACCUGUGGAGAUUUUUAACUGCAAGAUGCUUCAGAGACUUGACCUCAGUCAGAAUCGAUUAAGUGGAACAGUACCAAAUGAAAUUGGAAACCUCCUUCAGUUGGAACGGCUGAUACUUUCUGAUAAUAGAUUAUCGGGGGAUAUACCGUCCAUCGUAGGGGAACUCUCUCAUCUGACAGAGCUGCAGAUAGGUGGAAAUGGUUUUGUCGGUGAAAUACCAAAGGAAUUGGGCGGGCUUUCAACUCUACAAAUUGCAAUGAAUCUCAGCUACAAUAAUCUCUCAGGAAGCAUACCAGAAGAACUGGGCAAUCUUGCUAUGUUGGUGUUUCUUCUACUGAAUGAUAACCACUUAACUGGUGAAAUCCCGCCCACAUUUGCCAAUCUAUCGAGCUUAUUCGAACUAAAUGUUUCAUAUAACGAUCUCACAGGACCUAUUCCUCCUAUUCCAUUGUAUCAAAAUAUGGAUACUAGUAGCUUCAUUGGUAAUAAAGGCCUUUGUGGUAGACCUCUUGCUCAAUGUGGUUUGUCUACAUCUGCAUCUCCUUCAGCUGAAACUAGUGCAUCCUUGGGGAGGAUAAUUGCAAUAGUUGCAGCUGCUAUUGGAGGAAUCUCUCUUUUUCUUAUUGCUCUAAUCGUAUAUACCUUGAGAAGACCUCUGGAAACAGUAGCCCCAUUGCACGACAAGCAAUUGAGUACUACGGCUUCCGGUACAUACAUUUCUCCAAAAGAAAGUUUUACCUUCGAUCAGCUAGUUGCAGCCACAAACAAUUUUGAUCAGAGCUAUGUAAUUGGACAAGGUGCCUGUGGAACAGUCUACAGGGCCGUCAUGCAAUCGGGGUUGACAGUCGCCGUGAAAAGGCUUGCAUCUAACAGAGAGGGUAACAAUUCAGAGAACAGCUUUCAGGCUGAGAUUUUGACUCUCGGAAAGAUCAGACAUAGAAACAUUGUGAAACUAUAUGGUUUCUUUUUUCAUCAGGGUUCAAACCUCCUUCUUUAUGAAUACAUGCAAAGAGGCAGCCUUGGCGAAUUGCUUCACGGGGAAUCUUCUUCUCUUGACUGGGACACCCGAUACACGAUUGCUCUCGGUGCUGCUGAGGGGCUUUCAUACUUGCACCAUGAUUGCAAACCCCUAAUCAUUCAUCGGGAUAUCAAGUCGAACAACAUUUUACUUGAUGACAACUUUGAAGCUCAUGUCGGAGACUUCGGAUUGGCAAAGAUAAUCGACAUGCCGCAGUCUAAGUCAAUGUCUGCUGUUGCUGGAUCAUACGGUUAUAUAGCACCCGAAUACGCAUAUACAAUGAAAGUGACCGAGAAAUGUGACACUUACAGCUAUGGAGUUGUCCUACUGGAGUUAUUGACUGGAAGAACCGCUGUGCAACCCUUAGACCAAGGAGGUGACCUUGUUACAUGGGUAUGGACUUACAUAAGAAACAAUUCUUUGAAUUAUGGAAUCCUCGAUUCUCGACUGGAUUUGCAAGAUAGAUUGGUGGUAGACCACAUGAUUGUGGUUAUGAAACUUGCUUUGUUAUGCACAAAUACAUCACCGCUGGAUCGACCAGCGAUGCGGGAAGUCGUUUCAAUGUUGGUUGAAUCCAGAGAGAGGGCUGAGAGCUUGGCUUCCUCUACUGUUUCUGAUCUUUCGACAAAGGAACAAACUCCGUAAUGUAUUUAUCGUGUGCAUUCAUUAAUAUGAUAUAAUUCCUUUUUAUAUUUCAUUUCUUAA